CAGGAAAAUGCAGAGUGAAGCUCCCUCAUUGUACUCCCAAUUUUUUUUGGACGGAUCUCCCACUGACAUUCUGUGGCUUUCGUGAGCUACCAGUUUGAUCCAAAAUUUAGCAGCUUUGUGCUGCUGAUUCACACCCUCCAGGAAGUGGACUGAGACUGCUCGAAUGUAUUUCACACAGGAUCAUUAAAAACUGUUCAAGGGAUGCAGGUAAAUCAUCAGACUGAUAGACUAGAGCUCACUGCGGAACUCAGCAGCGAAGAGAUCUGACGCCACAUGUUACUGGCAAUGUUAAGAAAGCUAUUGUUUGGGGUCUUUUUCCCUUUUUAAGGAUACACUACUCUCUCACGUCACGUGAUGGGUGGAUCAACGUUUGGUUUGGAACCUCCUCCUGUAUAUAAUCAGCAAAUUGCCAGGUCCACUUGACACUCAUCCAACUGAACCCAACGUGUAACAUCUUCCCUUACUGGAUUAUCGCUUUAGCGACGUUUGCAGAAUUCCCCUCCUUCUCCAAUAAAUGAAAGGUGACUUUAGUAUGUUUCGCGAUCUGAUCGACAAUAAGAGAAUAAGACUGUGAAGCUGGAAAGCAUCCAAUACCUAUUUGAGAAAAUAGGCGUUUCGGAGCAGCGGCUGCGAGAAUCAUCCACUGGAGAUCACGUCAAUCUGGAUCCCGGGGUUCCCAUUGUGACAUGUCGAAAACAUGGGUUUUCGCGCUGUUGGUGUGGCUGCGGAUGGGAUUUUCUGAUGCAACGGGCUCAUACUCUUCCCCACACCUAAGCAUCCAGAAUAAAGACCAUGUAAUUAAUGCUAAUGACACGUUAAUAAUUACUUGCAGUGGACGUGAGCCAUUGGAAUGGUCAUGGCCCAGAAAUCACAGUAGCAUGGAGCACAGGAUAUCAUUGAGUGACUGCACCAAUGGGACUUCAUUUUGCAAAACUCUCAUUCUGACAAAAACCAUUGCAAAUGAUACAGGAACAUACCGGUGCUUCUACAAACACUCCACGGUGCAAGUAGCUGCAAGUAUCUAUGUCUUUGUUCAGGACUAUCAGAUUCCCUUUGUGAAUUCCUAUCCUGGGAACCCAGAAGCACUGUAUAUAAUGGAGACCAAGACACUAGUCAUUCCAUGCAGGGUUUCCAUGCCGGAUCUUAAUGUGACCCUACAGACGAAAUAUCCGGAAAAAUACAUUGUUCCUGAUGGAAUGACAACUUUCUGGGACAGUCAGAAAGGGUUCACUAUUUUGAGUCACAAGAUAAGAGAUGUAGGAAUGGUCACGUGUCAGACAACAAUAAAUGGAAGAGUCUUUCGUUCCAACAUGUAUGUGGUGGUAGUUUUAGGAACCAAGAUUCAGGAGCUUACAUUGAACCCUCAGUCGCAAGUUGAAUUAGCAGUAGGGGAACGCUUGAUACUUAACUGCACUGCCAAAACUGAGCUCAACGUACGGCUAAACUUUGAUUGGAAGUAUCCUGGAAUGAAGCACAAUCCACACCUAUUCUUCAAAACAAUUAAACAAUUAGCAACUAAAGGACUGGAACUCUCAAGCAUUCUGAUCAUAGAUAAUGUGACAAAAAGAGAUGAAGGAACAUAUUUCUGCAGCGCUUCCAGUGGAGUCAUGACAAAGGAGAACAAUACUGACGUCAUCAUCUAUGACAGACCCUUCAUCUUCAUAGAUCACAAAGCCGGGUCGAUAGUCGAGGCAGUGCUGAAAGAAAGGAAUGUCAAAAUUCCAGUGAAGGUUUCAGCCUAUCCCCAACCAGAAAUGAAAUGGACCAAGAAUGGAAGGCCAAUUAGUAAGGAUCAAGCGCACUACAGGAUAAAGCAAGUUGGAUAUACAUUGUUGAUCAGUGAUGUGACUGAGAAGGAUGCUGGGAAUUACACAAUUAUACUUAGGAAUCCAAUGACAAAAGAGGAGCAGCGUCACACAAUCCAACUCAUAGUAAAUGUUCCUCCAAAGAUUCAUGAAAAAGCUGUAGCUACACACACUGACUUUUACAGCUAUGGAAGCAGGCAGACUCUGACUUGCACUGUCUAUGGCAUUCCUGCUCCCAACAGGAUUAUGUGGGAAUGGCAGCCUGCAGAGAACUGUAGCUUCCUCCACCACUCACAAGGAGAAUUGGGAACCUCUUCUAAGUUACAUGAAAAUAAAAACUGGAAGAACAUUUCGGACAAUGAUGGCAACAACAAGAUUGAAAUUAUGGAGCCUCGGAUCAUGUUUCUUGAAGGGAAGCAUAAGAUGGUCAGUACCCUUGUGAUUCAGGCAGCAAAUGUCUGUGCUAUGUACAGAUGUCGGGCUAUUAACAAAGUGGGACAAGAUGAGAGGGUUAUCUUCUUUCAUGUAACCAAGGGUCUGGAAAUUAAUUUGCAGCCUACUGGGCACCCCAUUGAAAAUGAUAAUGUAACUCUUCAGUGCAAAGCUGACAGAUUUACGUACGAGAACCUAAAAUGGUACAAGAUCCACCCCACAAUUCUCCAAAGCUGCCGUGGCAACCUUGCCAUCCUCCCAUGUGAAGACCUCAAACGUGAUGCACAAGAGAUGGCCUGGAGGAUGAUUUCUGGUCACAAGACUGGAAAUGUCACCAUCGAAUUGUGCUUUGGCAAUGUUUCUCUUCAAGAUCAAGGAGUCUAUCUUUGUGAAGCCCAGAAUAAAAAGACAGGUGAAAGGCACUGUAUGAUGAAGACUCUUUCUAUCGAAGCUCAACAGGCUCCAUUGGUGCUUCAGAAUCUGACAGACCAAACAGUGAAUAUGAGCUCUUCCAUAGAGAUGAAGUGUGAUGUGGUUGGGGCACCAAGCCCAUACGUUAUAUGGUAUAAAAAUGACAAGCAGCUUCUGGAAAUGUCAGGCAUUGUUCUAGAUGAGCUGAACAGGACCUUGACCAUCCAGAGAUUGAAGAAGGAAGAUGAAGGGAUGUAUAAGUGUGAGGCUUGUAACAUACAGGGCUGUGCAGAGACUUCUGCAAUGAUUGCCGUAGAAGGAGUUGAAGACAAGGCAAACCUCGAGUUGAUCAUCCUCGUUGGCACUGGAGUGAUCGCCUUGUUCUUCUGGUUGCUUCUAAUAAUCAUCUUGCGAACAGUAAAGCGGCCCAGUGAUGCAGAACUGAAGACAGGGUACUUGUCAAUCAUCAUGGACCCUGAUGAAAUACCUAUGGAUGAACAGUGUAAACAGCUGUCGUAUGAUGCCAGUAAAUGGGAGUUUCCUAGGGAUCGACUUAAAUUAGGCAAACCAUUGGGUUGUGGAGCUUUUGGCAAAGUGGUUGAAGCAGCUGCGUUUAAUAUUGAAAAAGUCUCCACUUGCAAAACUGUUGCUGUCAAGAUGUUGAAAGAUGGAGCAACAUCCAAUGAACAAAGAGCAUUGAUGUCGGAACUGAAGAUUCUCAUUCACAUUGGCCAUCACCUCAAUGUGGUGAACCUGCUGGGAGCCUGCACAAAAGCAGGAGGUCCAUUGAUGGUGAUUGUUGAGUUUUGCAAAUAUGGGAACCUGUCAAACUACUUGAGAAGCAAGCGAAACAACUAUGUCCCCUACAAGAGUAAAGCACUGAAGUCAGGGCAGAUAAAAGAAAAGGAUCCUGCUGAGAUGGAGAAUGAGUUUAAACGGCGUUUGGACAGCAUUGCUAGUGAGAGCUCCACCAGUUCUGGUUUUGCAGAAGAGAAAUCACUUAGUGAUGUGGAAGAGGAGGAAGCUGCAGAUGACCUUUACAAGAAAUGGUUGACAAUGGAGGACCUUAUCUCUUACAGCUUCCAGGUAGCCAGGGGGAUGGAGUUCCUGGCAUCACGAAAGUGCAUUCACAGGGACCUGGCUGCUCGCAAUAUACUCUUGUCAGAAAACAAUGUGGUGAAGAUUUGUGACUUUGGAUUGGCUCGAGAUGUUUAUAAGGACCCAGAUUAUGUUAGAAAAGGAGAUGUACGGCUACCUCUUAAAUGGAUGGCCCCAGAGACCAUUUUUGACAAGGUUUAUACAACACAGAGUGAUGUGUGGUCUUAUGGGGUUCUACUGUGGGAAAUAUUCUCAUUGGGUGCUUCUCCAUACCCUGGUGUUCAGAUUGAUGAAGAAUUUUGUCAAAGACUCAAAGAAGGCACACGAAUGCGAUGUCCUGAAUAUGCAUCUGCAGAAAUCUAUCAGACAAUGUUGGACUGUUGGCAUGGGGACUACAAAGCAAGGCCUGUCUUUUCUGAACUAGUGGAGCACUUAGGAAACCUACUGCAGGCAAAUGCUCAACAGGAUGGAAAAGAUUAUAUUCCGCUCAACAUGUCACUGACUAUAGAAGAUGAUUCCGGGCUCUCUCUGCCAACUUCACCUGCUUCCUGUACAGAGGAACAGGAAGGGUGUGAUCCAAAAUUCCACUACGACAACACAGCAGGAAUACGAUACCUGAAUGGGAGUAAAAAGCGAAGCAGGCCUGAGAGCGUUAAAACAUUUGAUGAAGUACCAGUGGAACAAACAAUUAUCAUUGUGCAAGAGGAUAACCAGACUGACAGUGGCAUGAUACUUUCAUCAGAGGAACUUCAAACACUGGGAACAAGGCAGAGUCAGAGUUUGGCAUUUAGUGCUUUAACUCCAAGCAAAAGUAAAGAAUCUGUGACAUCUGAUGCCUCCAAUCAGACGAGUGGCUACCAGUCAGGAUACCAUUCCGACGACACUGACACAGCUCCUUACGCCAAUGAAGAAGCAAAAACAAAGGAGAAUUACUGCACCUUACCAGCUGAUUACAACCUUGUGAUUCGAUACAGUGCGCCACCUGUUUAAGAAUUCACUGAAAACUCAGAGGAUGCCAUCUUGUCGCAAAUUCACCUAAGCCUUAAAUGAAUAAAGUUACCGCAUAUGUUAUCUAGAAUAUUGUCAAAAUAUGGACUUUGUUCUAAACAAUAGAACUAUUAUUAAUAUUGACACUAGAUAUCUUUAUAUAGCAGAUAAUGGCAGUGGAGUAACUUGCAGUCAAUGAUAUAUCCACUGUUUAGCUGAGCAAUUCAUCAGGCCAAGCUAAGUCCAGUCUGUUCAGCUCUUGGUUGUCCAAUACAUAAACUCCAUCACACAAAAUACAAGAAGUAAACAAGGCUGUCAGAAUUGCUUUCUGGAAAAUGUGGUAAACAUUGACUAUUAUGUUGGUGCCCAACAUCACUUCACAAUAAGGCACUGCAUCAAGUUGACUAUUAAAACUUCAAGCGAUUCUAGGCUGAGGAGAUGCAACUAUUGAAUGAAACACUGCACAAUUGAAAGUUACCUGGUAACUAAGGCUGGGUUCCUAAUAGACAUUGAAACUGUCUGAAUGUAUAAGUCCGAUAUUGCCAUAUUUCAUCCCUGUUUGAUGGAUAGCUCUCCAGAUAGACAUUUGAGUGUGUGCGGAGAGAGUGUGAGAGAGGAAGUAUAGAUAGGCACCUAUUUAUAGCAGCUGAGUGUUGAAUGUCUGCAUAUUCACGAAUAAAUGUAAUAUAUUGAACAAAGAUAAUAAGAUUUUCAUUGAAUGAGCAUUUUGUAUACAGGACACAUUCUUACUGCUAUGUUUCAAGGAAUGUUGGAUUGAUAAGGGCAAAUAGUCAAACCAGGAAAGGUUUAUCUGGUGGUACAUACAUUCUUUUCAUUGAGUGGUAAUCAAAAUAAAAUGCUUCCAAGUAAACAUAUAUAAGCAUCGGACUGGAAGUGAGAAACGAUUGUGCUGUGUAUAAUAUAUAUUGAUCAAAAUACAGCUCUUUUACUACUUUUGAAUGUGAAUAUUUGGAGCCUUCAUUAUGGUUUGCACAAUCACCAUAGAAAAGGUCCAAUGUAUUAAUGAUCAAUGCAUUGUUUCAUAAAUGAAAGAUUCUUUAUUACAAAAUUACUUUAUAUAAAGAGAAUAUUUGAGCAGCUACUCAUUUUACUUUUCUAGUUCUCUGUCUUUUGUCUUCCAAAGUGAAAUAUUUCAAAAGACAAUGCAGUGUUACAGAUGAAUAAACAUCUGCUCAAGGCAAUUCAUGCUAUUGUAAAAUACAUGUAUUAUGUUUUUGCAAUUUCUUAGAUUUGACUUCAGUUUGUCAACAAUAAUGUUAUAGAAAAUCAGUGUUUUAUAGUAGAAGCAUUUGGUAACGUUAAAGGAAAUUAAUUGUUAUGUUAAUCUAAAUUUGCUUGCUGGGCAGACAUUUAAAUUCAGAGAGGACCAAACAAUUAAUUCUAGCGUUUUGUCUACCCCUCUCCCAGAUAGCUUGUUCUGAUUUUGGACAAUGCACUUGGAGCAUAUAGGCGAUGGCAAGAACUUACUUCUAAUGUUAAUCUGUCAGUUAUUGACCUGAAUGCACUGAAUUGCAACCAAUUAAUUUAGUACUUGUGAUUCUCACACAUCCUUAUGGAAGUUUGCAGGACAAGCAGCUCUAUUAUCAAAUAGGUGAGAUAAUAAAAGCCAUGCGUCUUCUAAAAGUGCCAGUAUAACCUAAGUCAAUUAAAAGGAAAAUGUUUUAACAAGAGAAUUAUGUCUAAUCCAAUUCAUUUUUUAAUGUAAAACAAUUUGGUUUCCAUAUCAGUAUCCCAAUAAAUUGGAUUAAAACCAACCACAUUCAAAGUAAUCAACUCUUGCACAGAGACUUUGGAUGAUUUUGCUAGGCGACAAAUAUUUAAAGAUUAAGCUCAUUUCAUGGGGAGCAAACCAUGAAUAAAGUUUUCCUUAAAAACAUUGACAUCAAAUUAACUGAUACAUAAUGAUUUUUUAAAAUUCCUUUUGUUGAAUUAAUGCAAUCAUAUACAAUCAUAGGGUCUGUUAUAUGUCCCACAGUCAGGUGAUGAAAAUUGUGAUCAAGGCAAAUUGGGCCUCAUGCAUGAUUAGAAGUUGGUCCACUAUCAACAGUUUUCUGCAUGACAAUGAAAGUACCAAUCUAUUCCACAGGGUUUCAUUGGCUCAUUUAUUACCAGCGCAUCUCUGGUCCAUGAUAAUUUGUUGAACUCAACCAUGGUGAAAACUGGAAAUUUAAUGUUCACAAGGCUGUUUAAAGUUUUAAACUAAAUACAACUCAAAUCUCAAAAGUGAAUGUGUGUUGAAUGUAAAGAAACAAUUUUGUCUAUACAUAUUUUGUUUUAGAGUUCUUCGGAAUUGAACAAUGUGUAAAAGGUUCACUUCUGAAAUUUUUUUAAUAAACAUUUUUCAUAUAUUUGA